GGCUCUGUUUGUUUUGUUCUAUAUAUAAUUGAAACUCCACCCAGCUAACCACCGCGAACAAAUUCUGUACCACCCAAUUUCUCUCUCAAUCUCUAGAUUUUCAGUGUAAUCACCGGAAAUGGGUAUUGUAUUUCGUUCAGAAGAGACUUUCGUAUCGGAAUUAGAGCAGCUCCGCCGUAUGCUGGUCGCCUGCGGCGGCGUUCAGAGGAGGAAAGACGGCGAAGAUUUCAAAACCUUGAAAUCGAAGCCGAUCGAAGAUGCAGAGGAGAAGAUCGUGUGUGUAACUAGCGGCGAUUCGUUUCUCGGUUCCGCCAUCGUUAACGAGCUAUCAAGUCACGGAUACUCUGUUCGAGUAAUUGUUGAUAAUCCUGAGGAUGUGAACAAAUUGGAAGAGACGACGAACGGGCGCCAUAAUGUGACGGUAGUUGUAGCGAAGCUUACAGAUGUAAAUAGCUUAGUGGAAGCAUUCAAUGGCUGCCGUGGCGUUUUUCAUACCUCUUCUUCCAUUGAUCCUGCUGGUGUUUCUGGUUACACGAAAGUAAUGAGUGAAGUGGAAAUGAGGACCACUGAGAAUGUGAUGGAGGCGUGCGCAAGAACAGAGACAGUACGAAACUGUGUUCUUACAUCUUCUCUUCUUGCUUGCAUCUGGCGGGGCCAACCUGAUGAAAAUGAAAGCAUUGGAACCUCACAAAUUGUCGACCAAACCUGCUGGAGUAGCUUACAGCUUUGCCAACACAAAAAGCUAUGGCUUGCAUUAGGGAAACUGAAAUCAGAGAAAGUAGCAUGGAAAAUAGCACAAGAAAGUGGGCUAAAACUGGCCACUAUUUGUUCUGCUCUCAUAACCGGCCCCAACUUUCACCUUAGAAGUUCAACUGCAACAAUGGCUUAUCUCAAAGGAGCUCGAGAGAUGUACACAAAUGGUCUACUGGCAACAGUGGACGUGACCAAAUUGGCCAAAGCACAUGUCCUUGUGUAUGAAGGAAUAAAAGAAAAUGCUUCUGGCAGAUACAUUUGUUUCGACCGUGUGAUUUCAACGGCGGAUGAGGCAGCAACGUUGGCAGCAGAGAUCGGAGUCCCCGUCGGGAAUAUAGUCCAAACCGAUCCUCCAAUGGACUGUACGAUUUCGUUUCAAUUGUCGAACAAGAAGCUCUCUGAUCUAAUGGCUAGAAGCAACCUUCAACAUAGGUGUUUGAAUGAAAACAGAUAUUUUUGAAGGAGAAACUCCAGGAACAAAAAUAUGAGUGGGAUCUAUUUAUUUGAUAAAUAUGAUAUAUAUAGUCACAUAAGAUUAGAUUAUAGAAAUGAUCCUCUUGAUGAGGAUGUAAGUUUGAUUCGUUUUUUUGAGUAUCAUUGAUAUAGAAUAUAAAGAUGUAUACCAUUUUUUAUUUUCUUUGUCUAAAUUGAAGAGUGAAUGCAAAUUUUCAAUCUUCCUCCCGUUUGUCUUCGUAAAAAAAAACAAAAGAAAGAAAAAGGGUUGUUGCAA